CUUGUCCUUCUCCUGCAUCAUCUUUUUUUAAGUGCGUGUGCAUGUGUGCGUCCACAUUUGAAAGGGCUGUUUAUGGCAUGUUUGUCUAGUCUCAUGACUCUAUCGGAACACACUGGCCUCAUUCUCCAGCUGCAAUCCCACUGCUCCCUCCUCAUCCUCGCUGCUCCCACUCGCUGAGCAUGCGCUGAGGAAGUGGGAGCAGACGGGCACAUGACACAGGAUGUGGUCAGAGGAAGAGUGAAAUGAGGAAGAAGAGCAGCACCAGGAAGAGGAUGGGCUGUUUUUUUAAAAUAAUUUUAUGUGCCUCUGCAUGAUGUCAUUCAACCUUUGCUUUCAUUGACCCAAACUUCCUCUUGCUGAGUUUGUACUACGAUGCAAUGUGCAUUAAGUGGACAAACGUAUUAGGACACGCCUCAGAAGUUGGACUAGUCUGCAUGUUCAUCAGAAUGAUUUCGAACCUCUCAAAGAAAUUCAGUCUAAAACGGAUCAGCAAAGAUGAGCCAGAUGGCAGGCUCACUAGCUACCAGUCGUUUAUGGACAUCCUGAACGAGAUGAACGACUACGCGGGCCAGAGGGAGCUGGUGGCCGAGAACAUGCUGAUGAACAUUUGCGCUAACCUCACCAAGUACCUGCAGGAACUCAAGCAGGAGCGAAAGUCGUAUCUGAUGGAGGCCAAGAAGGCCCAGCAGGCGUUGGAGAGCACCAACAAACAGCUAGAAAGCAGUAAAAAGCGCUUUGAGCGGGAAUGGCGAGAAGCAGAGCGUGCAGCGCAGAAUGCUGAGAAGACUGAUCAGGACAUCAAUGCUACCAAGGCGGAUGUCGAAAAGGCUAAGCAACAAGCUCACAUGAGAGCGCACGUCGCAGAGGAGUGUAAGAACGACUAUGCUGCUCAACUCCAAAAGUUCAACAAGGAACAGAAGCAGUUCUAUUUCACUGACAUGCCGCUCAUCUUUAAUAAAAUGCAAGAACUGGAUGAGCGGCGAAUGCAGAAUUUGGCGCAGGGCUACAUCCUGUUCUCGGACACAGAAAAGCAGGUGAUGCCCAUCAUUGGCAAGUGCCUGGAGGGCAUCACCAAAGCCGGCACCAACGUCAAUGAGAAAAAUGACACGUCGGUGGUCAUCGAGCAGAACAAGUCGGGCUUUGAGCGUCCGGGCGAUGUGGAAUUUGAGGACUUCAGUCAAGGCAUCAAUAGGACGUCGUCAGACAGCAGUCUGGGGACCCCCAAGGGCCCCAUUGACCUUUUGGGAAAGAACCGAGGCAAAAACUUUUGGCUUUUGAGGAAAAAGUCGAAGCUCUCCCCUUCCACGCUCCCACCUUUCUCCACCCCUCCCGCCCCCUCGCCUGUUAACGGACCCCUGUCCCCCAAGUUUGGCCGGGACCCCCUGUCGUACUGUUUGAAGGAGAUCAAUAAGACAGUCAAACCCAGAAUCGCAUCCUUCCGCACACUCAGGAGAUCGAAGUUCACACCAGAGAGGAUUCCGCCCGCGGUCACUGAGGACUUCACCCACCUCCCUCCGGAGCAGCGCAGGAAGAGGCUGCACGAGAAACUGGAGGAAACUGGCCGAAAGUUGCAGAAGGAAAUAGAUCAGAGUGAGGCCCUGGGGAAGAUGAAGGAUGUGUAUGAAAAGAAUCCGGAUCUGGGAGACGCCGCCAGUCUGGCACCCCAAAUCAAUCAGACAAAUCUGAAUAUAGAACGCCUCAGGGGGGAGCAAAACAAGUAUGAGACGUGGCUGGCUGAGGCGGGAGGUCGAGGAGACACGCCACGAUAUAAAUCUCACUCCUUCAGCAACAAUGACACUCACGAACCGCUCAGCCCGGAUGGAGCUCACUCCGACGGAGGGACGCCCGACGCCUCUUCCCACGCCAUCUAUGCCGAGUUUGACGACGACUUUGAAGAUGAGGAACUGGCGGCUCCCAUUGGGAACUGCACUGCCAUGUACAAUUUUCCUGGCGCCAGCGAAGGCACCAUCGCCAUGCAGGAAGGAGAGGUGCUGGCCGUUGUGGAGGAAGACAAAGGCGACGGUUGGACACGCGUCCGUAGGAGCAACGGGGACGAAGGCUACAUCCCGACGUCCUACGUCUCCAUCUCGCUCCAUAAAUGACACACGCAGGCGAGAGCGACGGGAGAGGACUCCCUUAAAAACAACAAAACUGUUAUGGAUUGCGUCGCUAUGGGAGCCAUCACGAAGACGCUACAGCGUUUAUGGGCGGGACCAGACGUGCAUCCAGGAAGUAGGUUUAAUGGGUUGGCUAAUACAAGUGUAGUCCCAAAUUAGCAAAAGCACGGUGCUAACGAUGUGUUCCACAUGAAAUGCUCUUUCUUGUAAUCCCACUUACGAAAAACACACAUUUUCAAUCGCGUUACGGUACAAGAACACACAGUGACGCAUUCGCUUCUGCAUUAAAACGAGCAAAGUCUAAUAUUGGACUUCCAUUGUGUGGGAACAGGACGAAGUGACACCUUGUGUGUUUUUUAUUUGUUGGUUGACAGCAGACAAUCACAGGCAUAUCGCCAUCGUCCAACCGAAAGCAAGGACAUAGUGGUUCCCUUUGCUGUGUUUUCUACUACAUGUAAUUUAUUGUAAACGUGUAUGUACUUUUUUUUUUUUUUUUAAUUUGUCAGAUGUUCUGCUUUGAAUUUAGUAGUUUUUUUUAUUAUGACCUUGCACACAUAGCGGACAAUGUAGUCACAAAAGGGAGCUGAUCAAUGCACACGAAAAGUAGUGACUAUUGUAUUUAUGUAAAAUAGCUUAAGGCACCCACAAGACCACUAUUGUCUUAUUUAACCUUUCAAAUUAAGAUUGUUACAAUGUGAUAGAGAAGUAAAAUACGCUAAUUAUUAUUGUGUUGCUCUUAAUUUGUCUUGCGUUUGUUUUAAGCUACGUUUUGGAGGAAGCAUUUGUCUUUGGUGCCUUUCAGGUUAGAAUCAUCAACGGUAUUUUUAAGCGUGUCUGUAUAUUCACCAUUUUUGCAUCAAGAUAUUUUCUUGGUUCGAAACUAAAUAAAUCUGGAGCACAUUUCAAA